UGUUUGUGCUUCCUGAUACAGCAAACCUUUGGAUUGCCAUCAAUCUUUGUAAACCACAGACCGUAGUCAGAGGCUGAACAUAAUGAGCCAACAUUUCACAAUCAGGAUGAAUGGAGCAAUGGUUAUCUUUGGAAAAUACAUUAUAAAUGUCUCUUUGUGAAACAUCAUUUGUUCUAAUUUCACUGCGAGAUAACCUGACAAUUGACACACAGACAAACAGAUUACAAUUGCCUCAUGUUGAUAAAAUCAUGUACCCUUCUGUCAUUGGUGAUUCUGUUUCUGAUUAAACAAUGGUUUAAUUUUACCAGUGUACUAACUCUCUCGCAUAGCACACAAGAAUAGGACAUAGGACGGAGUAUAAAUAGCAUUAUGUCUGGGAAAGCAAUGGCAUAAUCAAGGCCAUGGGAAAAUAAAUGGUAAUACAACUGAUAAGAGCUGUGAUUACAUUGAUACAUGCUUAAACUAAGAAUAAAGUAAGCAUAGGGACAUAUGCUGAAGAAAGAAAUAUACCAGAUGAGGACUUUGUUUGAGGGCUAGAACUAAAUGAUGGAUCAUGCCAAAUCAGUUGGAAAAUGUCUGUCUCACAUGUCAGGAAACAAUGUAAACUGUAUGCAAAUGAAAGCUUCCCCAGAAGAUGAAUGAGAUUGUAAAACCAAAGCAAUAAUACCUUGAUACAACAGGACAAGCAGCCUUAGGAAACCUCUGUAUGAGCUUGUGCAGAGCUGAGCUCUCAUUAUCAAGCUAGAACAACCUACAAUGUCUAAACAGUUAGAUAAAAUCUUUCUGAAAUUAAAAGUAUUUAUUUACAUUUGUGAUCCAACUAAUACAUGACUAAUACAUGCAGUAUUGAUAUUGCACUUAUGAAUUCAGAUUGUGUACAGGCCAUAUUGUUAAUCAUUAUCAUUACAAACAUUGCAUUGACUGACCAUGACCACUGACUGACCAUUCAAAUAAAACAUAAAUAAAUCUCUCUCCAGUUACAUUGAUCAGUAAAAUGGAGAUUAGAGAACAUAUUUGUCAUGAGAGAUUGAGGAUGUGACAUAUAUAGAAUGAACCUUUAGCUCUGUGGGAACUUGAUGAGAUCUCAAGGGAUAUAGUCUGGACUCUGGAUGUGAAAUAGAAAUGGCAACUUCUGUCUUGAAUCCAAUGGAGGCAGCUGGGAACAUUGGUAUUCAUAACACAGUAAACAUGGAUGUGAAUAUCAUUUGCCAUACAAAGUUGCCAGGUUGAUUACAGUCCACAAUAACUGUACCACCAUAUUUGCUGUAAGCAACAGGUUCUUUCUUUGGAAAUGAUCUAGCUAAAUGUCCGUUUUUCUUUUUCUUUAAAUUACAUUUGUAACAAAAACAUUAGUUAAAUCCACAGAAGUUCACUCCAACAGACUUCCAUCAUGUGAUCAUAAAAAGCAUGUCAUUCUGUUUACAUUUCUGUGGAAAUUCUCCAGUAAAUGGGUAGAAUCUCAAAAAUGCCCUGUCUAAAAUAGAGCCAUUGGGCGCGUUUGAGCGGAUCACUGUUGUCAAGACGUUGACCAUCGUCGGUCGCCACCUUUUAAAGUGUGUUGCAUUAUGGACAAAAAAAAUGGUCCGACAUCCGACUACUCGUCGACUGCAUGAACUUUACAAAAUUCAUGUGAUCAAAGGUCAUGCAGAUUCUGAUGAAGUCACCUUCAAGUCGCUACCAUGCAGCCAUCACCUGCAUUAUUGGGUGCACUAUUUGUCAACCAAUCAUUAGAGUGUUUUUUAGGGACGGGCAUUCCAAGUCUUUUCGAUGAGCUGGAUCUUUUAGAUACUUUCACCUAAAAGAGUAGUUAAUUUGGCUCCUACACGGGUCUUCGUUCAGUAGUGCAUAGAAAUGGAUGAAGAAACAUGAAAAAUGAGUCGCUCUCCUCACUACCUAUUGUUCCUGCAGUGAGUAAUUAACAUCUUCACAGUGUUUUUCUAAUUUAUCCACAGAUAAUCGUUGUCUGGAGUUCAAAAAGCAGUAGUAGCAGUAUGCAAAUCAGGGAACCAAAUGAAUGGCUCUUUUCCGGAUGUUGACCAAAAAGAUCCAUUCAAAAUGAGAAGUUGGCCAAAAACGUGACUGAAACAGGAACCAACUUUGCCCCGAUUCUGACGCUACAAGCAUGUGAAACAUCAUGGGAAGAGUGAGUAUUAGCUAGUACUAGUGUGCCUAAUGUGAGACAAGGAAUAAUCAGCAAUGGCCGAUGAUGGGGAGCUGAACCAAAUGGGGAGCCCCACCAGCUCAUCUGGUCGCCAGACAUAUCGAAGUUGUGCCCAUUCCCGCAGCCUGUUGGAUGGGUUGUUUGGCCUGAGGCAGGGUGGCAUCCUGUUUGACGUAGUGCUCAUGGUGGAGGGCAAGCCCCUCCAAGCCCAUCGUAUCCUCCUGGCUGCCGCAUGUGACUACUUCAGAGGGAUGUUUGCUGGAGGUCUCAGAGAGACGCAGCUGACAGAGAUUCCAGUGCAUGGGGUGACCUACACUGCCAUGACCAAACUUCUGGACUUCAUCUACACAUCGGAGCUUGAGCUAGACCUGGACAACGUGCAGGAGGUCCUGCUUGCUGCCACUCUUGUACAGAUUGAGGAGGUUAUUGGCUUUUGCUGUGACUUCCUCUUUUCCUGGCUGGAUGACAGCAACAUCUUGGAAGUUGACAAGCUGGCUGAUGUGUAUGGGCUGCAGCAGCUGGGGGCCAAGGUGCACUCCUACAUCCUGAGGAACAUUCAGACGUUCUCUCGCACAGAGGUGUACCGCCAGCUUCCCCCAGAGAAGGUUCUCAGUGUGCUGAGCAGUGACGAGCUGGAGGUCAGCUCAGAGAACGAGGUGUACGAGGCAGCUUUGCACUACCACUACAGCCCAGAGCAGGUGGAGACAGAUCAGGUGUCCCUCCAGGACAAUCUGAGGAUGCUUGAGGCAGUGCGUUUCUGCCUCAUGGACAAACAGGUGUUGCAGAGACUGUUUGGGCGGCUGAAUCGGUGUCCACUGAAGGACUUUGUGGCAGCUGCACUGCGUUACCACGAGCAGGAGCUUUGGCAGCCCAUCCUGCAGGGCCCCCUCACCCAGCCCCGUUCCAACUUCAACUGCAUCCUUGGCUUCGGAGGUAUGUUCUCCUCUGGCUCACUGACUGAGAGCGAAGAAUUGUUCCAGGUCUAUCACCCUAGCUGGGGUGAGUGGAGGACACUCGCGGCUGCUCAGGCCCCCCGCAUGUCCAACCAAGGUAUCGCUGUGCUGAACAACUUUGUCUAUCUGAUUGGGGGAGACAAGAACACCAGCGGCUUUCGUGCAGAGACUCGCUGCUGGAGAUAUGACCCUCGCCACAACAUCUGGUGCUCCAUCAAGCCCCUUCAGCAGCAGCAUGCAGACCACUGUGUGUGUGUGCUGGACGGACACAUCUACGCUAUUGGGGGGCGCGACUACAGCAAUGAACUGGAGUGUGUAGAACGCUACGACCCACACACCAACACCUGGGAAUAUGUGGCAGCCCUCAGGAGAGAGGUGUAUGCACACGCCGGAGCAGUCUUGGAUGGCAAGAUGUACGUCACUUGUGGGCGGCGGGGAAUGGCGUACCUGAGAGAGACAUACUGUUAUGACCCCCAGCACAACCAGUGGGCAGCGUGUGCAGAGGGGCCGGUGGAGCGGGCAUGGCAUGGUAUGGCUGCUGUCAAUGGACGAGUCUAUGUCAUUGGUGGCAGCAAUGAUGAGCGCGGGUACCGCCGAGAUGUUCUCCAGGUGGCAUGCUACAGCCCAGCAGAUAACUCUUGGUCUGUGAUGACUCCUCUACCAGCUGGUCAUGGGGAGCCCGGUGUGGCAGUACUCGGCAGCCUCAUCUACAUACUAGGUGGGCGCUCUCAUGACAAGAGCAACCGUAUGAAAUACGUGCACGUGUAUAACACAGAGGCAGACCUCUGGGAGAGUGGGACAGCAUUCGACGACCGUAUCUCCGGCCUGGCAGCCUGCGUGGUCCUCCUCUCCCGUGCUGUGAUUGAUCAAGCCAAGAACUGGGAGCAGCGCACCAAGGCAUCCUGGGAGGAGGUGGAUUUGGACAACUCUGAGGACUGACUGACUGACGUGGUCCUGACUGUGGAGGAGGAGACUAGAGCGGUGUUCAGAGGUGGCAUUGAACUGAAUCUGAGGGGAAUCUGUUAUUUGCUGAAUCUUUUAUUUUGCAUGCAAGGCUGAAUGAAUCCAUGUGGUAUUUCCCUAGCUUGUUUGAUACAGUGGUGAUGGGAGGGUAGUCUCUCCCUGCAUGUUGACCACGCUGAGUGCCUCUGAACCAAAGUGUUAACAAAAACCUUUUGCCUCUUUCUCUUGUGUUGUUGCUCCAACAUCUGUACUUCUGUAGGCCUUCUCCCGUCUUUGCAGCUUGCCCUCACUUUGACCUGAAGACGUUUCUGCGUGUGUGUCUGCCAGAUUGACAGAUUAAGGUGACUUUACCACUUUGGUCUAUCACUGCUGUUCCCCCUUUAUUUUAUACAAAGAGGAGAAGAAAGAAAUAGCCUUUUUUUGGAACACUUCCUCCACAAAAUCAUACAAAUGUUUCACAGCUCUUCAACUUAACAUUACACCCAGUUCAAAUGAGGCACAGAGGGAUAUUCAUUGACUAUGCAAUAAUUUGAUGAGGAGUACUCGAAAGUGAUCACGGUUAACAAAAUCUAUAAUCUCAUAUUUAGUUUGACAUUUUAGACCUAAUAAUAACCUUUGCUAUUACAGUAUCAUUAGAUAUAUAAUAUUUCAUUUGUUUAAUGUUGCACUUGUGAAGGAAACAGGCCAUUCAUUUGCCAGCUUGGAAACCGAAACUGUUUGUCUAGUUCUGUUGAGCCUGAUUCAUGGUUUAUGUUCCAAUAUUGACCCUUAUAACCACUGGUUAUUACUAUGAUAUCAUGAGAAUGGCAUUUACUCAUCAUGCACUUAAAAUGAAUAAUGAUUAAUUUGUCUUAUUUCCACACUGUGCCUUGUUUUCUCUGUUACACUUAAGACAGGGUUUCUUGUUUGGUUGGAAAUGGGCCUUUAAUAAUGUGCCUCUUCUAUCACAGUUUAUCAAAUUGUUGUUGAUGAAAAAAGUCACUAAUUGUUGACAGUGGAUUUGAAUAAAGAUGUAGUAAACAUGUGAUUAUACUACAGUUGGUACACAUGAAAUCAUCCAGAAUAUUUUACCCUGCAUCUCAGUAAUAAAAAUAAGAUCAUAUUCUAAACCACAA